AUGGCCUUCGGUCUUGUCGUUCCGCGCUGGGGACUUCGGCAAACUGUCGGGAGAAUCAGGCGCGUUUACGCUCCGCUCCGUCGGAAGUCUUCAGCACAACCCUCUUUGACAGCUUCGUCAGUGCAGUCUGACAUCAACUGGACUGCGCUUUCAGAAGCAGAUGCCGAGCUCUUCGAGUCCUUGCAGUCCGCUGUGUCAGCGCUGGGGGACGAGGCAGUUGACCAUCCCAUAGUUGAGGUCAGGGACAAGCUGGCUGUGGCUUUUCGAGAUAAAGCCGCCUUGCUCAAACGAAACUGGACAGAUGAAAUGUUCCAGGAAGGAGAGGAUCUUAAUGAAGAAAAGGUUGUGGAGAUAGAGGCUGCCAUGGCCACGGACUUGGGCAACUUUGGUGGCGGCUUGCAGAAUGGUCAAAAUUUGGGGAAUGCACUGGAUCUCGUAGGUGUCUACAUGAAAAACUACAAGCUCGACAAAGCAGAUGCCGUGUUGGCAAAGUGUGGUCCAUUUGUGUCCUCCCGUGGUGGUGUCUGGAUGGUCAAGUGGCUCAACCACGUUUCCACCGUGCGCAUGAAGCAAAGCCGACAUCUGGAAGCCCUGGAGAUGCUCUAUGACCUGGAGAUGUACAGCCCCUACAAUGCGCAGGAGGCGCCCGAGUUCUUCACAACGCUCUAUCGAAAUCAGGCUUGGGCUCUAAAGGCACUUGGAAGAGUCGAAGAAGCGGCGCUCUACUUCAGCAGGAUGGCUUCAACCUCCAAAGUCUCCAAGGGGGACCUGGAUUGGUUCGACAAAUGGGACAUUGGAAAAGUUGCUGCAGCGAGAGCUUGGCGAGAUGGUGAUAUGAAGGGCUUCUACUUGGCUCGAACUCUUGUGGAGGAGGCAUUGCGGCUGCAAGCCCUACAAGAGCCAGAUGAUUUGGUAAUGCGGGCGAAGGUUCACGAUUCUUUGGCGGAAUGUUUUUUCAUCGUCGAGGAGUAUGUCCAAGCUGGGGAACACUAUUCGGCUGCUUACGAUCUGCUGCGGCAGACUGUCGGCAAGCAGUCGCCACUGUACGGCAAGCAAGCUCGUCAUCUCGCAAACCUCCGAAUAGCUCAGGGACAGCAUGUGGAGGCGCUGCCGUUUCUGAAUGAAGCCUUGGAGGUGGAGUCCAGCAAGGAUGCAGUCAAUGUGCCCGAGCUGCUGGAGCUGGUUGAUGUCAUCGUCAAUGCACAGCAGCGUUCCGCGCCCGAUGCAAUUGUCAGUUCGCCAUCAAAUCACUCGGCUAUCAGGCGGUUGCAGCAAAAUAUCAAAGCUCGCGGUCUGGAUGGGUCGAAGGAGUUCGCGGUGCUUUGCCACAAGAUGUCAUUGCUAUACCUUCAUGAGGGGCAGUCUGAUCCAGAUGCGCUGAGGAGAGCACGGAGGCUUGCCAAGGCAGCAGUUCGCAUUCUUCGUUCGCAUCGAGGAGAGAAGGAUGUUGCUGAUUGGCUCAGAAUGUCCGAGAUUCAUUUGAUCGUCAUGCGAUCGAUGUCUGACGGCUUUGUAACCGAUGAGGAGCUCAAGCAGUGCUGGAUGCACCAUACACUUUGUAUGGUGCAUGGCAAGCCGGGUGAUGGACAGAUGGCCGGAGAGGAACGUGAGAAAGCAUGGCAUGGACCAGCGGGCACGCGCAGGUGUCCCGGUUUGACGCCCCCUGUGAUCUUAUGCGCAAAGGGCAAUGCGGGUGUCUUACAAAAUCAGGACAACUUCUCACUUUGUUUCUUCGCAGGGGGCUGGACCUUGGCAUGCUGUUCUGACGGACAUGGUUUCCAUGGGCAGUUUGUUGCCACACGUGUGGUGACGACCCUCCCGCAUUUCAUUGCCCAGAACUUCGCUGACGGCCUGGAGGAAUCUGGAAUACCGACAGCACUUGCAACUGCCUUUCAGUCCGUUCAGAAGGACUUGGAGGCACACUCAGCCCGCUUUGGCUGGGACUGCGAGGCCAGCGGCGCUUCGCUUCUUGCGGCAUUGUACAAGGGCAACAAGGUCUACACUGCCAAUUGCGGUGAUUCCAGGUGCGUGGUUGGCAUGGAACAGACUGGAACCCUCGUUUUUGCAACCGAGGAUCAUAAACCGGAUGUCCCGGCCGAGCAGGAGCGGAUUCAUACGUGUGGUGCAGAGGUGCGCACCGAGAUUUUCGGAGAUGGUUGGAUGGUGCAUCGUAUCUUUGCGCGUGGCCAGGACUACCCUGGUCUGUGCAAGUCACGCACUUUGGGCGACACAUUGGCAAAGGAUUAUGGCAUCAUCGCCGAGCCUGACAUUGCAUUGACAGAGGUCAGAACCGCCAAAAAGCCGUUCAUCAUCCUGGCCAGUGAUGGCAUCUGGGAGUUUCUGGACUCGGAGUUUGUCAUUCGGGCAGUUUCCAAGAUCUUGCCGAUGGAAGGGCCUACGAGGGCAUUGCACAAACUACAUCGUGAAGCAAAGAAAAGAUGGCGACAGGAGGAAGGCCACUCGUAUGACGAUAUGACUGCGAUCCUCGUCAGGCUGUAG